AAUCCAUCGUCAGCCUUGCACUUGUGUAUAACAUGUGGUUCAAACUUCAACAACACAAGUUCAGAAUGUGUUUAUAUAUUUAUAACCUUGGAAGAAAUCUUAAAGGAGUGACUGUAAAAACCCUUAUUCUUUUUUGUAUUAUUAUUGUUUUGACAUGUAUAACUUUUAAGAGACUAACUCAUUUAUACAUUGCAUUCCAACAUGUAUUGCUUUUUGCCUUUGUUUAUGUUGCAUAUCCUAUCCUGUAUACUCUAAGAUUCUUUAUCUGGAAGUGUUACCAUAUAAUAUUAUAAUCAUCCGCCGGCAUUCAAUCCGAUUGCACGUCGUAGCACGCUUGACAUUUAAAGCUAUAAUCCUUCAUUAGUGAAACUGCCACGACCGUUUGGGAUGUUACAACAACAAGGAAGUUACUGCAAACAACGAACACUAUUUGGCAUCAUUAACAGGCUUGAUAGAACAACAGAAUAUGUACUGCAAUUAGUUUUCACCACGCUGUCGGAGGCUCCUCUCCUCUCCUCCGUUUCUCUUCCCUUUCAACAACAAGACAAAAACAAUAACAAAGGCCCUGAGGCGAACAAUAGGCUGUUUCCCCUAACCUGGAUCUGUAAAGGUCAUUUCCGAUUGAGCCGACACCUUGCAGUCUUUACCGUGAAUGUGAUCUCCACGAAUGCAGAAACAUUGCCUUUAAAAUCAGCAUGGUCGACAGCUUUUUUUACAUUUUUAAAAGGGGGGCAUUUUUUUCACAAGUUAUUUUGGUUGGUUGUUGGGGUUUUCAUUUUUUUUUUAUCUCAUGUUAUUCAUGAUAAAUGUUAUGAUUUUAAUUAUGAUGUAUAUUAUUGUUAUGAUGCUAGUAGUACAGUGCAUUCAGAAAGUAUUCAGACCGGGCCUCCCGGGUGGCGCAGUGGUUAAGGGCGCUGUACUGCAGCGCCAGCUGUGCCACCAGAGACUCUGGGUUCGCGCCCAGGCUCUGUCGCAACCGGCUGCGAUCGGGCCUAGCGUCAUCCGGGUUAGGGAGGGCUUGGCCGGUAGGGAUAUCCUUGUCUCAUCACGCACCAGUGACUCCUGUGGGACUCUCAGGAUCCCUAAAGGACUCUCAGACCAUGAGAAACAUGAUUCUCUGGUCUGAUGAAACGAAGAUUGAACUCUUUGAACUGAAUGUCAAGCAUCACAUCUGGAGGAAACCUGGCACCAUCCCUACGAUGAAGCAUGGUGGCGGCAGCAUCAGGCUGUGGGGAUGUUUUUCAGCGGCAGGGACUGGGAGACUAUUCAGGAUUGAGGGAAAGAUGAACGGAGCAAAGUACUUGAUGAAAACCUGCUCCAGUGCGUUCAGGACCUCAGACAAAGGUUCACCUUCCAACAAGACAAUAAUCCUAACAGAGCCAGGACAGUAGGAGUAGGAGUCUCUGAAUGUCCUUGAGUAGCCCAGCCAGAGCCCGAACCUGAUCGAACAUCUGACAGAGCUUGAGAGGAUCUGCAGAGAAGAAUGGGAGAAACUCCCCAAAUAUAGGUGUGCCAAGCUUGUAGUGUCAUACCCAAGAACUCUGGCGACUGUAAUUGCUGUCAAAGGUGCUUCAACAAGUACUGAGUAAAUUUACACUUAUGUAAAUGUGAUAUUUUUUAUACAUUUGCAACAAUUUCUAAAAAUCUGUUUUUGCUUUGUCAUUAUUGGAUGUCCCUUGAUGAGGGAAAAAACGAUUUAAUUAAUUUUAGAAUAAUGCUGUAACGUGGAAAAAAAUGUGGAAAAAGUCAAGGGUUCUGGAUACUUUCAGAAUGCACUGUAUAUGAUGUUAUUAUCUUAUGAUCUUUGGGUUAGAAAGAAGGAAAGUAUUGUUGGCCUACUUAGUAUGAUAUACAAUAGAUUGAUUUGCAUGCAACAAUCAAAUGAAUGAAUCAAUAGAUAAGUCAAGUAAGUAAAUAUUGUGCUAUAUCAAUGACCCCAAAGGUAUUGUUGACAAGAUUAUCACAUCAUGUUGCUGUUGUUAUUUACUUUCCAGAUGAAGACCUGUUGCUCUCUAAACUGCCAUUUAAUAUACACAAAAAUGAUGAGAGCAGGAGAGCCAUACAGUAAACAGUACACUAGAUGGCAGCAAAGCGACCACUAAGACCCGACAGGAAUGAUGAGAAAUGAAUAUCUACACUGCAGGCUACUGCACUGUACUAUCAGUGGAGUCCUACAGCCCCAAUAUAGGCAAAUACAAUUGUAUAUCUUAAUUGUUAUUCCUAUGUCAAAAAGCCGUGGUAUAAUGGCCAUAUACCACACCCCCUUGGGCCAUAUUGCUUAAUUAUAACCUGAUUAUUAACAUUUCAAACCAAAGCCUAGGCGACUCCAAAACAACUCUUCAGGUCUCAGGCAAGGUUACUCAUCACACAAGUGUGGUCAGUCACACCAACACCUAUAGAAGGCGUCUCCACGGACCUGUUCAGGUGGAUGUAAUAACAUAGAAUGUUCAGAUUGUGUAGAACAGACAUUAGAAACAGAAUGAAUAGAGCAGACUAUCAGCUACUUUCAGAAUGUUUCACAUCACUGAAUACACACCAGCUCUCCAAAGAAGACAGGUGGGUUGUGAUGAGGACUGGAGGUGGUGGCAGUACUGUAAGGACCCCACACGGGAUGUAUUAAUGUGCCCAGUGGGAUGCCUGUGGCCAUGACAUCCCCCAUCUCCUUCGGAAAUGUUAAUGAGGGCCGGAGGUGACAUGAAGAAAUGAGUAAUCAGAACAAACAGUGCAUCUCCCAUGGUGCCAAGGGGCAACGCCAUCAGGAAAGAUUAGACUUCCUUCGUUCAGUGAGGUAUCCGUCUUUGCUACCAGCUAUUGCUAAUAAUGUUUCCUACAGUGGGGUUUUAUGAAAUUGAAUUUCCCAUUCAUCCUCAAAGAAGUCAACAAAAUCAAUUUUGACGUACCACUCCAACCAGGCCAACUGUUGACAGUUUGGUUAUCAUUUGAAAUCAUGAAUAACAUGGCCCAGUCAACAAGUAGAGUAGAAUAGUGUAAAGUCUGGGACAUUUGAGUUGUCAAACCAGUAGUUCACAGCAGCUCACACUUUAUCUACAAACAAAAACAAAUAUAGAAAUAAAUAAUGUCCCACAUUUAGGGCUCUAUUCAGUCUUUAAAGCUGAAGCGUUACAGAUUCCGCUGUAAUUUACGAUUGAGCCGACGUGCAGCAUUCUCUGUGAAGCCAGUCUCUGCUUCAAGAGGGAACAUUGCCUUUAAACUUGAAUCACGCAGUAAGGCUAAACUUCCGUGAUGCGGAUUGAACAGAGCUGCCAGACUGCGUUUACACAAGCAGCCCAAUUCGGAUCUUUUUUCCGUUAAUUGCUCUUUUGUCCAAUCAGAUCUGAAAAACACCUGAUGUGAAAAAAUGUGAUUGGUCAAAAUAUCUAUUAGUGAAAAAAAUAUCCGAAUUGGUCGGUCUGUGUAAACACAGCCUCAAUACGCACUUACAUCUUUGUCCUUUGGCUGAUAAAUUAAUGCUUACUUCUUCUGGGUACAUGAUGGGGGUGGGGAGAAGAAGAUGGAGAUUAGGGGGGGGGGACAGUGGGCAAACCUUCCAAUUAACAUUUGAGUCACUUCAUAUCAUUAGCAGCUCUGUGUGGCGCAUUAGGACCCCACAUCGUGCCGGAGACGCACCAGGGCUGGUGGGGCUAAUCUCAACUGACGCAACACCCCUGGGCCUGGCUGAGACAGACGUCACCCUCUGUCAACACUAGACUGUGAAUGAGUCCCAAAUGGCACCCUAUUCUACUCCCAAAAGAGUGCCAUUUCAGACGGGUCCUGGUCAAAAGUAGUGCACUAUACAGGGAAUAGGAUGCCAUUUCAGGAGCACACUAUCAUCAUCACUGGGCUCGGGGUUUGUUUAGAUCUGAAAUGCCGCUUGUAAUGCUGUGUUGUUUGCCAUGCCCACUUCACACUUGUCAAUUCCAUGUCACAACUUUGCAGAUAUUGGAUGUUGGACAGAUGUAUAAUAUUGUUUUGUUCUUGUGACUGUGUCAAACCUCUGUGACCUUCUUUACUUCUUCCCUACAGCUAGUGACCCCCAUGACACGCGCACACACACACACACGCACACGUCCUCAUCAACCAAUCACAUCCCUGUAUUGGUACGAGGAAGAGCCAAGGAUGAAGAUACCUAUAUAUUGGUGGCGCCACUAUUACGUGACACUUGGACAGGGCUGUGUUUUGUGUGUGGACCAACGGCCAUCUUCCUUCUCUGACAUCCAGACGUUGUUUUGUUUUCCAAUAGGAUAGUUGUUGAACAUCCAGUCAACAUCCAGAUUAUCGCUGCCGAAUACAGCAUUGAAGGAUACAUUCGGUAUACAGUUUAACCAAUAGGAAAGGUCAGGGGAGAUGCUGUGUUCCCAACUGCAGGUGUUACUGGUGGCUCUAUCUGCCUCAGUGUUUCUGGCGAGGGUCAGCGCUGCUCCACACAGAGACAUGCUAGCUGAACUACUGAGAGCAGAUACAACCAAAGGCAACGAGGAUCUCUCCCGCACCCUCCUGCUGAAGAUGAUGUCGGACCUGAUGAGCACAGCCGUGGGGGAGAACGAGCUCCUACCGGACCUGGAGGAGGCACUCGGGGUGAGGGAGGAGGUGGUGCGCCAGCUACCCCUCUCCCAUCGGGAACGCAAGGCUGGAUGCCGGAACUUCUUUUGGAAGACAUUCACAUCGUGUUAACCUGCCAAGCAGCCUCUUCUUUGUGCUGGAUCAUUUGAAGACAUAUUUCUUGCAAUGUCACAAAUGUAAAAUGACAGCUACUUUUCCUUUUGCACUGUUCAUGAUCAAUUAAAAAGGUCUAGAAUGAU